CCAAUCCUUAUUUAUAACCACUUUCUAUUCCCCAUUUUUUCAAACCUGUCUCCACUUCUCCAAUCUUUUUUCUCUCUGCAAACCAAACAAGUAAAAUAUAAAAUGGGCUCUGUACCAAAAAGAAGACGGUUCUGUUUUCUUGACAGAAACGAUGGCCUUGCCUCUUUAGCUGAAAUGGAAACUGGUUUUUCAGCAAACCAUCAGCACAAUCACAACCCAUUGAUUUCUAGGCCUGUUUAUUUACAAAGGAGGAGUUUGAAGAAUCUUUCUUCCAUUACAUCUCCAAGAUUAGCCAGUGGGAAAAGGUUUUAUGAAACUAGAUUUGACGAACCACAACCCCAUUUCUUGGAAGCUUGUUUUCUUUGCAAAAAAGCACUUGGUGAUAACACAGACAUAUUCAUGUACAGAGGAGACACUCCAUUCUGUAGUGAAGAGUGCAGGCAAGAACAGAUAGAAAUGGAUGAAGCCAAAGAGAAAAAAUUGAAUCUUUCAGCUUCUGUAAAGGCCUUGAGAAAAAAUGACCAGAGAAAGUCCACUUCUUCCAAUGAAACUGCACACGAUUACCCUUUACACAGAGGCACUGUUGCUGCAGCUUGAGUUAAAACUUAAAACUACAGAUAGCAAAGAAUGUAAAAAUAAUAAAAGGGGUGAAAUAAUAUUGCCAACAAUAAUAUAUAGAGUGAGAUAGAGAGUGGUUAAGUGAAAACUAUUGCCUGAGAUGCAAAAGAAGAAAAGUAUAGAGAUACAACGUAUGCAUUGAUAUAUGUAGUGGAGAGGGCCCCUGUCCUUUUGCUAGUUAUGCUUUGUAAUAAAAGUGAUGGCUACACUUUUGGUGGUUC